AUGGACAUCAGCAUCGUCCCCGACGCUCCAGGAGUAGUUCCAGACCCCAAUCCCAAUCCCAGACCUCAGACCCAGUCCCAGACCCCAGUUCCAGUCCCAGACCCCAGUCCCAGACCCAGACCCAGACCCCAGUCCCAGACCCCAAUCCCAGUCCCAGUCCCAGACCCUAAUCCCAAUCCCAGACCCCAGUCCUGGUCCCAGACCCCAGUCCCAGACCCGAGCCCCAGUCCCAGACCCCAGUCCCAGACCCCAGACCCCAGUCCCAGAACCCAAUCUGUUCCAGACCCCAGUCCCAGACCACAGUCUCAGUCCCAGACCCCAAUCCGUCCCAGACCCCAUUCCCAGACCCCAGUCCCAGAACCCAAUCUGUUCCAGACCCCAGUCCCAGACCACAGUCUCAGUCCCAGACCCCAAUCCGUCCCAGACCCCAUUCCCAGACCCCAGUCCCAGAACCCAAUCUGUUCCAGACCCCAGUCCCAGACCACAGUCUCAGUCCCAGACCCCAAUCCGUCCCAGACCCCAUUCCCAGACCCCAGUCCCAGACCCCAGACCCCAGUCCCAGAACCCAAUCUGUUCCAGACCCCAGUCCCAGACCACAGUCUCAGCCCCAGACCCAAUCCGUCCCAGACCCCAUUCCCAGACCCCAAUCUGUCCCAGACCCCAAUCCCAGACCCCAGUCCCAGUCCCAGACUCAGACCCCAAUCUGUCCCAGACCCCAAUCCCAGACCCCAGUCCCAAUCCCAGACCCCAGUCCCAGUCCCAGACUCAGACCCCAAUCUGUCCCAGACCCCAAUCCCAGACCCCAGCCCCAAUCCCAGACCCCAGUCCCAAUCCCAGACCCCAGUCCCAGUCCCAGACCCCAGACCCCAGUCCCAGACCCCAGUCCCAACCCUGAGCCUGAGGAAGUGCAGGAGGAGACACACUGAGCCUGUGGAACCACCAGUUUGGUCGGGUUGUAGCUGA